AUGAUCCGGCAUCUAUUGUUAUUUAUUAUAACCUUUUCAACGCCAAACGCGCAAACAAUAGCAGCGCCGGCAGCAACAGUUUCGUCAGCUAACUCGACACUUUCGAGAAAUUCGAAAGUAGCGUCAUGGAACGAGACGUGGGUCGAUCAGUUGCGUCAAAAUCUUCUCUUGAAUUACGACAAAUUUUCAAGACCUGCCCAGCAUUACAAUACCACGACAGUGUCACUGCUUUUGAGUAUCAUGCAAGUUGAGCUUGAUAGCAGAAAAAGCAUCCUAAGUAUCAACGCGUGGGUCCACAUGAGUUGGGAGGACGAAAAGCUCAAGUGGACAUCCGAAGAUUACGGUGGAGUUGAUAAAAUUACCGUCAGUGCACACGAGAUUUGGCAACCAGACUUGGUUUUAUACAACAGUGCAAUGUACGGAGUGGAAAACUAUGAAAGCAGACAGUGCAUCGUUAGCGAAUCUGGUUUAAUUAAAUGGGUUGUACCUACAGUUCUCAGAAGCUUCUGUAAACUCAAUUUUGAAAUGUGGCCUUUCGAAACAAACAUAUGUUGGAUAGAUUUGGUCUCUUGGACUCACAGUGGAGAUGAAAUCGAUAUCGAGUUACUCUACGAUGGAUAUUACAUGGAGGACUACAUUCCAGGAGAAUGGGUGGUCAAAAAUAUAUCGGCACAUCAGACAAAAGACCCUGAUAUCUGCUGUUCUAAUACCGUCAGCUAUCCUGCUGUAUCCUACGAGAUCAAGUUGACCAGGAGUUCAUAUUUAUUUUACCAUGUAACUUUUUUGGCGUGCCUUCCAAUAGUAUUCUUAGUCUUAGUUACAUUUUGGAUGAAACCACAAAGUGAGAUGAAACUCAUUUACAUUAUCUGUGCUGUACUUAUUGAUAUAUUGUUCUUGUUGUACUUUGGAUACAGUAUUCCAGCUAAACCUGGCAGUAUACCUCUCAUAGUCAAAUUCUUCAGUGGAUGCCUUUACCAAAUGACGGUUUCAAUCUUGAUAUGCGGAUUUGUUAUUCAUAUAUCUACCAGUUCCUACGGUGCAUCGAUGCCACGGCGAGUCAGGUCAUUACUACUCGGAAAAAUCGGAAAAUAUCUAGGACUUAAAAGUGCUAUCCACGAGAUGGAAUUCCAAAAACUCAUAGAAAUCCGAGAAUUGACUGAUCUGACUAUUCAAGACGCAGUAAUGAAUGAAUCUAUGAACAGUGAUCGGCAGAGUAUUAUUUUACAAUCGGAUCAUGUCAAACGGUUGGAGUGGAUACUCUUGGCGACGGCAAUCGAUCGUUUAUCGUUUCUUCUGUUUUGUGUCGCGUUUACAUUUUCAGCAGUUACUUACAUCCGCAUCAAUGAUGAUCUUUAUGCAAAAAAUGCGUACAGUGUCUAAUAGUUUUUAUAUUAAAAAAAUGUUAUGAACUCAUUCGUAUUACCACCAGCAAUACAUCGAAAAUUUAUCUUUUAAUUAGGACAAUGGAUAGCUGGUGUGGCAUAAUGAAAAAUUAACGCACAAAACAUAAAUAUAUCAUAGAUAAUUUCAAUUGUGUUUGUAGUGCGAGUGAUGUCUCAUAUUGAAUAAAAUCGUUGUAUUUUACAACUACUUAUUACAACGAACACAUUUACUGUACAAUGAGUAUUGCGUAA